AUGAAGGCCAGCAAUGCCCAUGAUACCCGGUCGGAGGCAAUUCGCGAUACGCUUUUGCUGUCGCUCAAGGGGCAGAUGAUUCGAAUUCCGAAUCUGAAGCCACUGUUUCGUCACUGGCCUACCCAGACGAGUCCCCAUGUUGAUCGACUACGAGGGGAUGUGAAGGACUGGCUCAAUGAUAUUUUACCUCCAAGCAAGAUCCUCAAAGCACUGCAGGCGUCGGAUUUUGGGUUGUUUGGCGCGACGUGGUGGCCCUUCGCCGACUUUGAGCAAUUGAAGAUCGUGACGUUUUUUGCCAUCUGGCUCUUCAUCUGGGACGACGAGAUCGACCACAGUGAUGGCGCAAUGUGGGACGACCACCACGCUGCGCAGCUUUACCGCGAAGAGACCCUCGCAUACAUCCGCUUCUCCCUGGGCCUCUCCAACCUCGACCCAGAACCGUCGAACGAGAUCAUUCUAACAUUCGACACCAUAGGUUCCGCCGUCCGCAAGGCCUACUCGCCCGAGAAAUGCCACAUGUUCUACGAGGAACUCCGCUUCUACAUCGAAAACACCAAGCAGGAAGAGGCCUUCCGAAUCGCGGGCGCCAUCCCCACCAUCGAGGAGUACUGGCGUUACCGCCUCGGCAGCAGUGCUGUCUACUCGUGUCUCGCGCUCAACGAGUUCAGCUGGAGCGGCAUGGACCUCCCCGUCGAAUUCUACUCCGACGAGGACGUCCGGACGAUGUUCCGCUACACGAAUGUCCUCGUCGUGGCGGUCAACGACUUGCUCUCGGUCAAGAAGGAAAUUAAGCGAAACGCAAUUGACAGCCUGAUCCCGAUCCUAGUGUCACAGUUCGGCGACAGCAGCGCCGGCAGCUGCGGCGACGACAUUCAGAUCGCCGUCGAUGAAGUAGUGACCAUUAUCGACGAAUCAAUCAAGAACAUGGACCACGUCGCCGAGUCCCUGACCUCCAAGUACGAGCAUGCGGACGAGGAGACGAGGGUCCAGGUGCGGAGGUUCGUAGACGGAUGCAAGGCUUACACUACCGGGAACCUGACUUGGAGUCUCGAGACGGAUAGAUAUGGUGUUAAAAACUCGAGGGUCGGGGAAGAGGUCGUCAUUGUGCUUUGA